CUUUCAUGUCUUAAACGCCAAAUAUUCACACACUCAAAUCUUAUUUUAUUUUUAUAUAUUCUCUGUCUCCCUUUACUUCUUUGUUGUGUUCAAUGGAAAAGGAGAAGAGGAAACGGCAAGACGACGGUGAAGCAGCCGGCAAGAGAGGGAAGCCCCGGGAGGAAAACGACGGUGUGAACAGGCCCGUGCCGGCUGAUGAAGAGGUGGACGAGUUCUUCGCUAUACUCAAGAGAAUUCAGGUGGCUGUCAAGUACUUCAAGAGGCGCAACGGCCACAGGUGUGCCGACCGGGGCCUGAUGACGGAGCCUCUGUGGAGACCGUCGUUCGAACGGGAAGAUUUCGACGGAGUUAAGAAAGAGCCGGCGAGCUCGGAGGACGAUCAGUAUGGGGGUUUGGAUCUUAAUUCUGACCCGGCUUCGGAUUCGAUUUGAGGUUGUGAUCGGGUUUAAGGAUAAUUCAAAGAGCCCAAAAGGCAAUCGGGUUGAGCUGGACACUAGAAUUGGGUUUCUUGUCGCCUUAAUGGACCUCUGACGGGUGAUCCAAUCUUAUGGGUCUGGGCCUAAAUUAUACUUUUGCAGACUUUCUAAUUAAUUUUGAUAUUAUAUACGUUAAUGCUUGGUUUGUAGUAAGAGUUGCUAUGCGACUGUAAGUUACCACGACAAUUAAAUUAUUACAUCAAAAAUUGAAAUUAUAAUCAUA